AUGCGCGAUUUUCACCACCUACAAAUCCUGCAUGAUGAAGAUGUUGAAAGCAAACUACAUCGCUUUAUCCCUCAAAUCGAAUCCUGGUUGCUAGGAACCCUUCCGCUCCCUAAUAAGAACGAGACCAGUCCCCGAGACUCUGGAGUUGUAUUUCCCAUUGUGACAGACGUCGAUGCUCCGUUAGCUCCUAUACGAGCAUUGAUAUACCAAGGAUUAGCUGAAUUCACGCUUUUCCGCACCUAUCAUGCCACCACAACGCCGUCAAACAUGUCUAAAGCCGUCUAUACCGUUCUUCGAGUUGAGGGUGAACCGACAAUUGGAGGCGUGUCUCUAGGUCUCUCGAAAUCAAUUUGGAUUGAUCGGCCCGCUGUGAUUGACGCCGGUUUCAUUUGCCUGAUCAGCAAGCCGACUGAGAUCCUUGUUGGGAAAGAUGUCGCAGUGUAA